GUGUGGACUAAAGAUGGGGGAGCAAAGUGGUUGGCUGGGGGCUAAAAGAGGAGAUUGGGUGGCCAUCUUGGAUUCCCAGACCCAGAUGAGUGCAACCAAAGGCCCAGGGGACGACAUCACUGAGCUGGCCAGGACCAGAGGCAACAUAGUGGAGGUCAGUGGAUGGGACAGCGUCCUCAACUCUGGGAUGGGGAACAACACUGUUAAUCACAACCAGAAACAGACAGUCGAACACAAAACAACAACCGAACGUAAUCUCCAUGACAACAGACUGGCUGAGACCAGGGCGAGGCGUAGAUUUGGUCUGCGGGGACGGGGAGGUGUCCAUAUGCGGCAGGAGAGAACAGUCAUAGACUCGGCUAGCGAUGCUCCGUCCUGCUCCUAUAGUUGUGAUUCAGAGAGACUGAUGGCGCCUCAGUUUAACCCAACAACAGGUGCUGCCUUCAGCCUGCCUUCUAUAGGAUCUAUCAACUGGAACAUGGACCCUGUGACAACACAGACACUUCCUGGCCGUCCUCCUCACACUCUCCUAAUGUUAAACCAGACCUCUGACAAUGCCAGUGCCUCAACACUAAAUGGCUACACAAGACCAUUGACAAAUGACAGUAGUAGUAGUAAUGCUGUAAGCAGAUCCGGUGGCAAAGAGAAGCGCUUCCCAUGUUCGUUCUGUGGGAAAGCCUUCAGUUUCCCUAAACAGGUGGAGAUCCACCAGAGGAUGCACACGGGGGAGAAACCAUUCAGCUGCCACCUUUGCCAGGCUAGUUUCUCCCACUCCUCCAACCUGAAUAGGCACCAGAGGGUCCACACAGGGGUGAAACCCUUCAGCUGUACCCAGUGUCACAUGUGCUUCACCCAGGCUGGUCACAUGAAGAGGCACCAGAGGGUCCACACAGGGGAGAAACCCUUCAGCUGCCCCCAGUGUGAAAGGAAGUUCUCCCGCCAGAACCAGCUGAAGAUGCACCUGAAGGUCCACACGGGAUAGAGGCCUCCUACGCACUGCAGGAAGAGGUUCUCAGAGAGGAGCUACCUUAGGAUACACCAGCUGAAAAACCAUUCCACUCUUUAACAUAAAAGUAAUCAGUCCACUCGAUAGCUUCUGACUUUUAGAUCAAAUCCUACAUUAAAGACAACAAUUCAUUUUAAUUGUAGUCAGCAGAAAAGAUCCACAGUUGCAUUUGGAAUAGCGAGAGUAACAGAUUUCAGUGUUGAAUAUUUAUGGGUAGAAUAUUGCAUCGAGACAAUGUGACAUAUAAGGCAUUUAAGCAAUUCAAAAACGUUCCAUUAUAAAUCUCAAUCUGGGUCAGGUGGGCAUCAUUUGAAAGCGUAUUAUAUUUUCAACAUGACUUGCUAUGUUCUAAAAUACGGUCUUAGUGUUAGGCUUUGACAAGGCAUUUUAGACAAACAGAUCGCAUUUUGGUGCGCAUAGAAUGGAGUCGCAUUCAGGUGCGUGUUCCGCUUCUAAUUUUCUUCACAAUAUGACAAACAUGCUCAUUCUGUUCAGGACAACCAUGGGUGUGACGCAUGACAUCCUUGUCACUGUAUGGCGGUCUUCGGCAUCUGCGGCGGAAGGUGGCCGAGCUACAGUGGUGUUUGUCAGGCUAUGAGACAGCCCGAAAAUCGGAUGUCUCACAAAAACGUCUGUAGCGUCCGAACGGUUUGGCGUACAAAACUAAUAUUACCACUCUAUGGCAAGAUGGGGCUCUCUCAAACACGAUGUUCUCAGUUUUUGCUCUACGACCCCCAUAAGUGUCACAGGUAACCGGUGCCGAUUUAAAACAAUGAAUGGAAGUAUGGAGGUAGUUUUGUGCCUACCCAAAAAAAGAAGAAUACACUAAGAUCAUAUUUUCGAAAUUAGUUAGUCAUGUUGGAAAUAGAAUAAGCUUUACAAUGAUGCCCACCUGACCCAGACUGAGAUUUAUAAUGGAACAUUUUGCAUUGCUUAAACAGCAAUAGUAAUUGUGUUACGGUGGGAAUACAGGGCUGUGUAAAAUUAAAAUAAAGUGUGCUUGCUUCAGUUCCUCAACUUUGAAGCUAGGAGAGCUCAAAAAGCAGCUUAUAUUUGAAGGUUCUUUCCUUGAAUCAUAAAAGUCCAUUGAAAUGAUGUGGGAACUGCACAGUUUGGAGAGGUGUGUGGCAGUUUAGACCUCUCACUUAAACCCUUGUCAUUUUUGUUGUCUUAACUUGCAACUACCCCACAUUUUCCAAGAAAAUUAUUUUCAUGUUACUGAAUGCAUCCAGAGUAUUUUGAGAUAUCGUUAUCAACAAAUGCGGCAAAAUCCAGUAAAAGUAAAAUGCACAUAAAAUCAAGCGUUAUGUUUGGAUUCAGAUGAACUGUUGUGUCCUCACCUUUGGAGAUUAUGGGGAAAUGAUCAGACAAGUGGGGCGCCAGGUAGCCUAGUGGUUAGAGCGUUGGGCCAUUAACCGAAAGGUUGCUAAUUCGAAUCCCCAAGCUGACAAAUUAAAAAUCUGUCGUUCUGCCCCUGAGCAAGGCAGUUAAGCCACUGUUCCUUGGCCAUCAUUGUAAAUAAGUAAAAUAAUAAUUGACUUGCCGAGUUAAGUAAAUGAAGUGUCCUUUUUGAACUGUUACCAUGGUAAUGCAUAUACUUUUUAUAUUUCUUCUGUAGGAAACAUUUCAAUAUGGCCCUUUCCAUAUAGGCCAAUGUCCACGAGUGUAAAGGUUUAAUGAGAAAGGAAUGCACUUAAUCAAGUUCAUGACGAUUUAUUUGUUGACACGUGUGUAUGUGUGGUUUUCUUAUGGUGUAUUUAAAACUUGUUUAUGUUCAAUAAACACAAAAAUGGGACUUUUCAUUCCAAGACUUUCA